AUGGCAUCAGAUGUUUCCUCGCUGGGUGCAGCCGUCAGCUCUGGGAACCCUGGCCCGGGUGCCCAAGCCGCGGGAGCCAUCGUUCAGAGAGCCAGCAAGAGGCGUCCCGGGCUUGAUUUUGAUGAUGAUGGAGAAGGGAACAGUAAAUUCCUCAGAUGUGAUGAUGACCCCAUGCCAAACGAUAAAGAGAGAUUUGCCAGGUCUGAUGAUGAGCAGAGUUCAGCGGAUAAGGAGAGACUUGCCAGGGAGAAUCACAGCGAGAUCGAACGUAGGCGGAGGAACAAGAUGACUGCCUACAUCACGGAGCUGUCGGAUAUGGUGCCCACCUGCAGUGCCCUGGCCCGCAAACCAGACAAGCUCACCAUCUUGCGCAUGGCUGUGUCUCACAUGAAGUCCCUGCGUGGCACAGGCAACACCUCCACUGACGGCACCUACAAACCCUCCUUCCUCACUGACCAGGAGCUCAAACACCUGAUCCUAGAGGCAGCCGACGGCUUUCUGUUCAUAGUGUCCUGCGAGACCGGGAGGGUGGUCUACGUCUCCGAUUCUGUGACUCCUGUCCUGAACCAGCCCCAAUCCGAGUGGUUUGGCAGCACCUUGUACGACCAGGUCCACCCCGAUGACGUGGGCAAGCUGAGGGAGCAGCUCUCCACCUCGGAGAACGCGCUGACAGAAGGAACCAAACCCUGGUGCCUCUCUAACAAGGAUCCUGCAGCCCCCCCUGAGAGUGCAUCUAAAGGUCGCAUCCUAGACUUGAAGACGGGGACUGUCAAGAAGGAAGGCCAGCAGUCCAUGAGGAUGUGCAUGGGUUCCCGAAGGUCCUUCAUCUGCCGAAUGAGGUGUGGCAACAGCUCGGUGGAUCCGGUCUCUGUAAAUCGUCUCAGCUUCAUGAGGAAUCGCUGCAGGAACGGCUUGGGUGCGGCGAAAGACGGAGAGCCUCACUACGUCGUGGUGCACUGCACGGGUUACAUCAAGGCCUGGCCCCCCUCAGGUGUUUCACUGCCUGAUGAUGACCCGGACGCUGGCCAGGGCAGCAAGUUUUGCCUCGUGGCUAUUGGGAGGCUCCAGGUCACUAGCUCGCCCAACUGCACGGACAUGAACAACGUUUGUCAGCCGACAGAGUUCAUCUCCCGGCACAACACCGAAGGCAUCUUCACCUUCAUAGAUCACCGGUGCGUGGCUACGGUUGGCUACCAGCCGCAGGAACUUCUGGGGAAAGACAUUGUGGAUUUCUGCCACCCGGAAGACCAGCAGCUUUUGCGGGACAGCUUUCAGCAGGUGGUGAAGUUAAAAGGCCAGGUUCUGUCAGUCAUGUUCCGAUUCCGAUCCAAAAACCGGGAAUGGCUCUGGAUGAGAACCAGCUCCUUUACCUUCCAGAACCCCUACUCGGAUGAAAUUGAGUACAUCAUCUGUACCAACACCAACGUCAAGAACUCGAGCCAGGAGUCUCGGCCUGCCCUGUCAAACUCAAUGCAGAGGCCCCAGCUGGGGCAGAGUGUCAGCCUUCCCCUGGAGAUGGGCACAGCACAGCUGCCCUCAAGGCAGCAGCAGCCACCACCACAGACAGAGCUGGAAGUGGUCCCGGGAAGAGAGAGCCUGUCUGGUUAUGACCACUCGCAGGUUCCCGUUCAGCCUGUGACUGCGGCCGGCCCGGAGCACAGCAAGCCCCUGGAGAAGGCAGAGAGCCUCUUUAAUCAGGAGCAGGACCCGAGGUUCAGCGAAAUCUACAGCGGGAUCAACACAGACCAGAACAAAGCCAUUCCGGCCAGCACGGUGCCUGCCAACCAGCCCCUCUUUACGCAGGGAAACACCUUCACCCCGUCGCGACCUGCCGAGAACUUCAGGUGA